GCGUCGCGAAAUCAACCACGCUCUCACCCCGCCCCUCAAGCCGCUGGGACCUGGAGCGUCCGGGGGCGGGCGCCCGUGCGUGAUGACGCACGUGGUCGCGAAGACGUGGGGACGCAGGCGGGCCGUAUAGAGCGCUCAGCUGCCUCCGUAUCUUCCCAGAUUCCUCACGUCUGACCACAUUUUCCCGUCACAGGCCUGAUACCUAACCAUGCAGCGGAGGUCAAGAGGAAUUAAUAUUGGGCUGCUUCUGCUCCUUUCUCAAAUCUUCCACGUUGGGAUCAACAAUAUUCCACCUGUCACCCUAGCAACUUUGGCUCUCAACAUCUGGUUCUUCUUGAAUCCUCUGAAGCCGCUGCUUAGCUCCUGCCUUAGCGUGGAGAAGUGUUACCAGCAAAACGACUGGCAGCGCUUACUGCUUUCCCCUCUUCACCACGUGGAUGACUGGCACUUGUAUUUCAAUAUGGCAUCCAUGCUCUGGAAAGGAAUUCAUCUGGAGAGAAGACUAGGAAGUCGAUGGUUUGCCUACGUCAUCACCACGUUCUCCCUACUCACUGGGGUGGUGUACCUGUUCUUGGAAUUUGCUCUGGCAGAACUUAUGGAUGAACCUGACUUCAGAAGGAACUGUGCUGUAGGUUUCUCAGGAGUUUUGUUUGCUUUGAAAGUUCUUAACAACCAUUAUUGCCCUGGAGGCUUUGUCAACGUUUUGGGCUUUCCUGUACCCAGCAAAUUUGCUUGUUGGGCAGAACUUUUGGCCAUUCAUUUCAUCUCGCCAGGGACUUCCUUCGCCGGGCAUCUGGCCGGGAUCCUUGUUGGACUAAUGUACACCUGUGGACCUCUGAAGAAGAUCAUGGAAACGUGCUCAGGCAUUUUUCCCUCCAAUAUUGAUUAUCCAGGACAGCAGUACGACUUUAAUAGUUUAGAAACGUGGACUUGGUGUAGGAGAGGAACGGUUGCUGGACAAUGCAGGCUCACCUACUUCUAUCUGUGGACUCACCUGAGGAGAGGAGGCUACUUUGGAUAUCAGGAUUAUUACCCACGUGGCAGGCCAGGUUACUAUGAAGAAGUACCCAGGAACUUUGACACGUAUACAGCGGGACUGAGUGAAGAGGAACAGCUGGAGAGAGCGUUAAGAGCCAGCCUCCGGGACCAAGGAAAUCGCAGAAAUAGCUCCCCGGCCUAUGGGUUCCGCUUCACACCAGAAGAAGAAGUGAGGAGAAAGCGGCUUCACAGAUUUGACAGCCAGUGAGGUGACCCAGCCAUGUGAACAAAUGUGAUCCAGCUGUGUUAUCACUGCCCCCAAGCCCCCACUUAGUUUUGAACAAAAGCAGAGGGCACUAUGACCGUCCCAACUGCUCACAUCUGCCAUGGCCCUUCGUCCUAUGGCCUCUGUGAGUCUAAUUUGCAAGCAGAUUGACAUCUUGAGACCAGGCUUGUUGGGUGCAGCUCACAGCUCUCUGGGAGUGGCCCACCUCCUGGCCUUGUCUUCCUGCAGACAGAAAGUCAGUGUCUCCACAUAGGGACCAGUUUCCACACUCAUUUCUCUCACUGCUGACUCAGCCUCGUUUUGUCUUUGAAGACCGUGACCUUCGCCAGGAGGUUUGUGUUCACUAGCCCAGAAGAUCAGGCCCUCAUCCUGCUCAGUGCUUGACUUGGCAGGAAGCAGGGAGCCAUCCCUCAUCCUCCUGGCAUGUUGCCAUGGUGACUUUCCAGGAACAGGACGUGGCUACCAUCACAGGCUGUUGUUCCGUUCUCCCUUGCCCAAGUGCCUUGGCUCCUUGGGCCACCAUAUCUGGAUAGUGGUUGCAGUGAACCUGCUUUGCUAUGCUAUCACUCUGCCUUCACGGGAUGUGUAACUGGAAAAGCGUAAGUAAGACCUCAGAUGGGAAACCACUUACACACUCCAUGACACAGCAGGCGCCAUCCGCAGUUGGGCUCCCAGCAGCCUCUCCAGUGGUGAUGUACCAUCCCGGAGAUGCAACUUGUAUUGAACUAACCAGCAAAGCAGCAGCACAUGCCACGUGCAGGGUAGUGACCAGUGGGUUGGUCACUGAGAAAUCCCUCAUGGCGAAGUAUUUUUUUCUCAUAAAAGUGCCUUUUAAUUGAACACUGUAACAGCCGCUUGUCGUACUCACCUGUCCAAGACACUCUCCAAACCCACAGACUGCAAGUCACUUAAGGUGUUUCCUGGUGCUUGUGUUUCAUGAAUAAAAGGAAAAAGUCAAAUAUCACUGAUGUCUUAUUUCACUGAGAUAUUUAUGUUUAAAGGGAGUUAGAAGCAGAAAAGGAUCUUCCUAUUUUGCUUUAUCUAGCAUUUAUAUAGUUUUCUGAUUAUGAAAGUAAUAUAUAUACUUUGUAUAUGCAUAAAGCAAACAUCUGGCAGGAAAUGUACCCACAUGUUAACAGAGGUUAUUUUGGAAGAUGGAGUGCAUAGGAGUUUGCUUUCUGUUUCUUAUGAUUUUGUAUUGCUGUCUUUUAAAAAUGUGUGUAUACGUAUGUUAUGUGUCCUACUUUUGCGGUAGGAAAACUGAUUUAUAUGGUAAUAAUAAAUCAAGAAAUAUAUA